UCGCGGGAUCGACGAGACGAUGAUGUUGAGCUGAAACUUCACACCGACAUUGAUAAAUAUAGCCCACAUUUACAUCAUAUAUAUAUAUAUAUAUAUAUAUAUAUAUAUAUGAUACAUAUAUAGAUAGAUAUAUUUGGAGUGACGAGAGGAGGGUAGUUUUGUGUGGGCUAAUAUAGAGGACGAGGGGUACAUUUCUAUAGGCUAAAUCUGGCAAACGCAGGGGGUUUGAGAGCAAGGUCGUCGUUGAAGCAAGAGAUCGCCAACAACGACGACGACGAGGAUUGUCGGCCUUGGCGCCGGAGGAUCUUAUCGUCAAUGGCGGUGUCCUUCACUUGGUCCGCCGCCUUCCGCGUCGCUCUCUUCCUCCUCCUCACCGCCGCCAUUGCCGGAGCUUGCAUUUCUCUGCCCGUCGAAAAGAUUUUGAAAGAUUUCUUACAAUGGGUUAAGGAAGAGCUUGGACCUUGGGGUCCACUUGUAUUGGCUGUUGCAUAUAUUCCUCUUACUAUCCUAGCAGUUCCGGCCUCAGUGCUUACACUUGGAGGUGGUUAUCUCUUUGGAUUGCCAAUGGGGUUUAUUGCCGAUUCUAUAGGUGCUACCAUUGGUGCAACAGCUGCCUUCAUUCUUGGUAGAACAAUUGGAAGAUCAUAUGUCAUUUCUAAGUUAAAGAAUUACCCAAAGUUUCAGGCAGUUGCUAUCGCAAUUCAGAGAUCAGGCUUUAAGAUUGUUUUGCUGCUUCGGCUUGUUCCCUUACUUCCAUUCAACAUGUUGAAUUAUCUGCUGUCUGUGACUCCUGUUCGACUAGGGGAGUACAUGCUAGCUUCCUGGGUGGGAAUGAUGCCAAUCACAUUGGCACUAGUAUAUGUUGGAACAACCCUAAAGGAUCUUUCUGACGUAACACAUGGAUGGAGUGAGGUUACAACAACUCGUUGGGUAAUUAUGGCAUCGGGCUUUGUGAUUUCUGUUAUUCUUAUGGUGUAUAUCACUAAAGUCGCAAAGGCUUCUUUAGACAAAGCAUUAGCAGAAAAUGCCGACUUAGAAGGCAUCUUGGGCUCGCCAGGACUACCCAUUGUAGCAGAGCCACCUCCCGAUUUCGAGAAGCCUCUCUUGAUCAAGAUAGACCCAUCCGGAGACGAUCAUGUUAACUAAAUUAUAUGUAAAUUCUUUGUUCAUUGCUUCCUAAAUUGAUCGUCUUAGAUAUGAGGAGAGUUGUUAGGAAUGAAGAGUUUGAAGGAAUAGAAGGGGGAUAAAAAAAAGGAUAAGCAAUUUAUUCUCAGCUUUCAUGUACAGUACACUACACCAUUUAGUUAGCCCUUCUCUUUUACAUGUAAUGUUUGUACAUGUAAUUUUUUACAGAGAAAUGACCAAAAUCCCCUCGGUUGAUGUGUUUAUGCAUUCAGCUUGUCGACAUUUUUUUUUUAUUAAAAUAAUUGUGUUAACUGAUA